AUUACUUCAGACUAAUUUUCUUCAUAUCUAACUGUAGUCACUGUUGUGUGUGAUGUGAUUACUUUCAACUAGCUGUAAUACAAGUACUGAAUUGCUUAUAUCGUCAGGGAUGUAGUUUUUUUCUCAUUGAUUCCACUUAUUUUUCUACAUAUAAUAAUUCUGCAAUGCCAGAUUUUACCUCAGAAAACACUGAAGGCAAAGUAUAAAAAUAAAAAAUACCCCAGUAGCUCUCUUGUUACUGCAAUCCACUACUGCAUUUUUCCUUCAGAAGUUUGUUUUCCCUUUACCUUACUAUUUCUGAUUUCCUUCUGAUAACCUUUUUCCCUCUGCUGUUGUGCUUAUAACCAGCAUAAUAUAUUUGUCUGUAAAUACUUACAUGCAAAAUAGUUGAGAGUGCUUUGUUGGUUAUCUUUGUCUUGAUAACAUACAGAUAAUCCUGUCAGUUGAUGAGGUAUCUUUAUUGCCUUAAUGUAAUUUCCAGACUUUCUUUUUGAUUGUCCUGUUCUGUUUGACAAAGUCAGAAUCCAGCUGUUGAGGUUAUUUCAGUUGUCUCUCUGUGUGUUGUCUCUGUCACAACAGGUAAAAAUACCAUCUUUCCAGCAGUUCUAGAAGUGCAGACAAAGAAUAUUUUUGACUGAGGUGUUUUACUAUAUUGUCAGUAAAAUCCAGCCUUUCCAGUGUUCCAGCAAUCCAGACCUUUGUUUUUCCUUGUCUCGUCCUUGUCUAAAAGAUUGCUUUAUUUCUUGUCUCUGCACCUCAAAGGGGACACACAUGUUUAGGUGACUAACCACAGGAAUAUCAAAAUGCCUAGUCUUGAACAUCCAGCAUACCCAGCAGCUGACCUGCUUCGCUUGGAGAGUUUGGUGCCUUGUCGAGAGUCCCAGGUGUCCACGUUGCUGUCAAUCUUUGGCGAGCGUCAGCACUUUAGUUUUCCAUCCAUCUUUAUCUAUGGACAUACAUCUAGUGGAAAGACUUAUGUGAUGCAAACUCUUCUAACUACCUUACAGCUUCCUCAUGUGUUUGUGAACUGUGUGGAAUACUUUACGUCACGACUUCUUCUAGAAGAAAUUCUCAUCCAGUUGCAAAGCUGUUCUUCUGGCACAGAGCAGACUUCUCCUGUGCAUUGUGAUACUUUGAAUGACUUUGUUCGUCUGUUUAAACAAGCUGUGGUCAGUCAGGAGCUUCAGGAUCAAACAAUAUACAUUGUUCUGGAUAGAGCAGAACAGCUGAGGGAAAUGGAAGCAAACAUCCUGCCAGCAUUUCUUCGGCUUCAAGAGUUGACUGACAGAAAUGUGACAGUUGUUCUGCUCAGUGAAAUAGUGUGGGAGCUGUUCCGUCCAAACGUUGGGUGCUUUGAGCCAUUCACCAUGUAUUUUCCAGAUUACAGCAUAGGACAUCUGCAGAAGAUCCUGUCUCAGAAUCAUCCCCCAGAAUAUUCUGCAGAUUUCUAUGCUGCAUAUAUCAAUAUUUUGCUUGGUGUCUUCUACAUGGUCUGUAGGGACCUGAAAGAACUUCGGCAUCUGGCAGCGCUCAAUUUUGCUAAAUACUGUGAACCAGUGGUCAGAGGGGAAGCAAAUGAACGCGACACCCGCAAACUCUGGAAAAAUAUUGAACCUCAUUUGAAGAAGGCAAUGCAAACUGUUUAUCUCCGGGAAAUAUCCAGCUCACAGUGGGAGCGUUUGCAGCAUGAUGGUGGAGAGCCUGGGCAAUUGAAAGGACUUUCUGCACAUACCCAUGUGGAACUUCCUUAUUACUCCAAAUUUCUUCUAAUAGCUGCUUACCUUGCCUCCUACAAUCCUGUUAGGACAGAUAAGAGAUUCUUUCUUAAGCAUCAUGGGAAAAUUAGAAAGACCAACUUCAUGAAGAAGCAUGAGAAGACCAGCAAUCACCUACUUGGGCCAAAGCCAUUUCCCCUGGACAGAUUGUUAGCAAUAUUAUAUAGUAUUGUGGACAACAGAGUUGCUCCUACUGCAAAUAUAUUUUCCCAGAUCACCUCUCUCGUGACACUGCAGCUGUUGUCCUUGGUUGGCCAGAAUGACCAGCUUGAUGGACCUCGAUACAAAUGUACUGUGUCUCUGGACUUCAUCAGAGCUAUUGCCCGGACCGUGAACUUCGACAUAAUAAAGUACUUGUACGAUUUCUUGUGAAAACAAGCUUCACAGCCAUAUGGACACUGUGACAAUGACUAAGGAAGGCAAGCUGUGUUCAUCUCUCUACUUAGCUGGCCAGAAAGAAGAGUAUUUUGGCUCUUUUGGAUUUGUCCAAACAGGUGCUGGCCCAGCAUGGAACCUGAUGAAAAUACUCUGAUUGGUCUGGGUGGAUCUGAGCAGAGGACUAUUUACCAGGGACCCUGGAGUAUUUGGAAGCAAUGUGUUAAUUAUAAACAGCAGGGUUUGAGCACAAUCUGUUCUACUCUUAAUGAUGUUAUCUUAACACUGAAAUUGCCUGAAACCCAUUUACUUAGGACUGCAUUUUGCUCUAUGAACUCUCCCCAGUGCUUUGAACAUGGCAGCAGCCGUUGUUUGUAUGCCCAGUCUUUUCACUUCCUCUCCACAGGAAUCUUUGCAAUUGCCUGCCAAAGCAGCUUUUCCUGAGGCCACCAUUUUAGGAGAGCAGAGUAGCAAAGUAUAAUAAACAUAAGAACAUAUUUAAAAACCAAGCUGGUACAAAUUCUUCUUUCUCUUCAGUAGUAUGUAGGCAGAUUGUUACCCUGUUACAUGGAGAUCACGAUGAUAGGAAAUUCCCAGUUAGUCACCAUACUGUCUUUUCCAGACCAUUCAUAAAUGUCGACUAUGAAUGUAUUUUUACAAAGCUCUGUUUUAAAAAAGUAAUUGAUUAUUAAAGUUCUAUCCCUGUGUCAAACUUGAAAUGUUUUAUUUUUGCU